UCAGUCUCUUCCCCCACUCCCCCAGCAAAUCCGCACCUUAUCAAACCUCUUCAGAUCCCCAUUGUGGUUUCUUUCACCCUUCCUCACCUUCAUUUUCUUUCCACCAUUUUCACAUUCAUCACUCUCCACCCUCUUCACCAUUUCCGAUUCUUCAUCAUCACAUUCUUUCUUUCAUCUUCAUCAUAUUUGCUUUUCUGGGUUUUGUUUCUCAUACUUGGAAAUUCACCCCAACAAUAUUACAUUGAGAGGUGAAUACCUUGUUAGGUGAAAAUAACAAAAAAAAGAAAAAAUAAUGACCCUUAAGGGUGGCACAAGCCAGGCCUGCGCUGCGUGUAAGUAUCAAAGAAGAAGGUGCACGUCAGAGUGCCCUCUCGCACCUUACUUCCCACCCCAUGAACAGAAGAUGUUUCAGAAUGCGCACAAGCUGUUUGGUGUGAGUAACAUCUUGAAGAUACUAAAGAAAUUGGACCCUUCUCAGAAAUCAGAUGCUAUGAAGUCUAUAAUAUACCAAGCCAACGUUCGAGAUGAGAAUCCUGUUCAUGGUUGUUGGGGGAAAAUCUGUCAACUAAAGUAUCAAAUUUGGCAGGCUGAGGAAGAGCUUCAUGCUGUUCAUACACAGCUUGAGAUGUACAGGCAAUAUCAUCAGCAUCAGAUUUCUUCGAUGCCCGAUCACGAUGUAACUUCGCAAUUAGAACUUGGGAUGGCACCGCCGAGUAAUGCUCUUCCCCUGUUCAAUCAUAGUGCUCCACCACAGCCUUAUGCUGCCAUGUCUGCUUCUGGCUUGCCCGUGGCACAGCAACAUUCUUACUCGAAUAGCAGCAAUAAUGUUGUUUACAACUCCGCAGCUUAUAUGGAUUCCAAAGAUAAUAGUAACAACAAUGUAGUAAAUCCUUUGUGGGUUCAACAACAUCCUUAUAAUAGUACUAGCAAUAACAAUAACAAUAAUAAUUCCAUGGUGAUUCAAUCUCAAUUGGUCGCCUCGCAGCAGCCGAUUGCUAUGCAACAAGAAGUUGUUCAAGAUUAUGAUGAGAUGCAUCCGUUUUUCGAUACCAUUGAUGACAGACAAUCAUAUAUUGAUUCUAAAGAGGCUUAUGAGUCAAGCUCGGAAGAGUCGUUGAAGGAUACAACACAAUCCAUUGAGCAUGUUGCAGAGAAUGAAUUGAAGAGUGCUGCUGCAUGCUUUAGCCUUACUAGUGUCAACUGAUCAAUGAGCAGGAAAACAGACAGAAAAAAACAAAAAAUUGUA